CAUCAUUUGAAGAGACAAUGGUUCAGGAAGACCACCAAAGUCCAUUUCCUCAUAGCUUCCGUCCUCCAUCCCUUGUCAGAUCUUUUGCUCUUCCUCAGAUUUCACAGUCUGUAGAGGAGACAAAAGUUUGUGCUAUGUCAGCGGUAGAACGUCAAAGUCUGUCUUCUGUCCACACCCAUCCUUCCUCGUCUGUAAAACUGCCCAAAAUUCAGACUCAAGUAAAGCCGUCACUUCAGAAGUCUGAGAAACCUGAGACUCACAAAUAUGAUUCCGCAGUCUCGGGCAGCAUUGAGGAGCAGUACAUGAAGAACAGCGAGGAGGACGGAGACAAACUGCUUCAUGCUAGCAUGAAAGACCCAUCGUUCAUAAUUGACAUCAAAGCUCAAGAAAACAACCUCCAGCAGCUGGAUCGAGCUUUUCAAAAUAACAACAUUUCCUCUGAAAUGUACAACCUGUGCAGAGGAACCGUCAAUCAGACACUUAAGAGUGUUGAGCUGCGUCUUGGAUGUCUUUUACGGAGAUACAUCAAACAUGUCCAAAUGAAGCAGUUAAGGAAGACGCUCGAUGGAAAUUUCAAGGCCACCAGAAAUUUAAGGGAUGGACUGGAGUUCAAAAAAGUCCAUUCUCAGCUCUGCAAGUUUGACCAUUUCCAGCAGAGUGUGAACAAAAUCUGGGACGCCAAGCAAGCCUCCACUGAUGAGACGCGAGAACUCUGCAUCGCACGGACGGCCCAUUUAUACCAGCAGGUGAACGCGGUGCAUGGCCUACAUCUGACAGGCAUAUCAUUUGUGCAAAGGCAUGUAUCACUGCCUCUGCUCACUGUGACACCCGUGCGGUUCAGCUCCAAUUUGUGUCCAUCUCCUCCUCGUGGACCACGAACUUCACCCAGCAGAGCCAGUCCAGCACGCCAUCCUCAAAUCCACCCCAAACCUCUGCACCACACGACCAGGAACACACCAGGCAGUUUCCUGAAGAUCAGUCACAUUCAAUAAUGAUGGCCAGUGUCAACAUAAUGGCUUGUAUCUGAACCCAAGAACAGAUUAUCGAAAUGUCACAAAAUUAAAACAAAAGCGAGGACGCAUCAGGAACAGACUCUGGAAAAACAGAAGCACCGGCCUGUAGACAUAGGAAGAUGAAUAUAAAUAUAAAGAUUGGUUAACCCAUAUUAGUGAUUUCAAGCUUUGCCAGAGUCAAAUAGCCAAUGUUAUAUUAAGAAAGAGCUAUGUCUUAAUCAGUGUAUAUUUUUGCUUAAGCUUAUAUUGUAAUAUAUAUAUGAAAAAACAUAUGAAUAAUAAAAAUGAUUAAUAAUAAAGAUAUGAAUCUCUCUUUAU